GACAAGUUUACAUAUCAAGUCAAAAUUUAAACCAUGUUCAAACCGCUGACAGAUUUUGCUUCCAUUUCAGGAAAGACUGUGUGAAACAAGUCAAAUCUAACGUAGAGUGACCGAUUUCAUCGCUGGAAUGCAAGUGACACAAUACAAAUGUGUCAGUAUUACUCGGUACUCGAGCGUGAAAAGGCUCAUAAUACUUGCAACUAGACUAUUGUCACAUCAAUUUUGACUCUAUUUUCUAUCUUCAAUACAUAAUUAUGAUGCACAUAAUACCUAGUUGUACAAAUUAAGAUCACACCACAGCAUUCGAACGACUUCUUUCGAAUAAUGCGCUGUUUUCGCACACAGCAAGGAAGCUGCUGUCGAACACAUUGAUUUAUCUACAAAAACGACGCAUAUGUUACGUUUCCAAAAAUUCGCUUCCAUUGUUUUUACAUACUGCACUUUCUCUGACGACAGAGCGAUUGAGAAUAUUGUUGUUAUGUAACUCAAGUUAGGUGGUCAUUUAAAAUACAUCGUAUAUUUUGAUAUGGCUUACAGGAUAUUAGGAACAUGCCGCUUACUGGGAAGAUCAGUCCCUACAAGAUAUGACAAUACUACUGUAGUGCCACUCCGUCUGUCGGCGCGCACGUUGGCCUGGGUCUCCUCCGGCGCAGAGGGGCUCCUCGGAGGCCGCCUGCGCCGCUGUAAGCCGCCACCCGAGGGAUUCGAGAAGUACUUCAAACCCAAGAAUGGCGCCAAGGAGGCCGAGGGGAAGGCCAAGGCACCGCCGCCGCCGCCCAAACCGUCCCGUGGGGCCGCUGGCGCACCUCGGAAGGAGCAGAUCAAGGACCCCAUGUGGUCGUUCAAAAUCAACUUUGGCGGACCGGGCAUGAAAGGCGGUAAGCCGGGCGACCCGGGUGGCGGCGACCAGGCCCGGCUGGUGCUGUACGUGGUGGCCGGCUGCACGGCCAUCGGCCUACUGGCCGCCAUGUACGACGUCGGCUACAAGGAGAUCACGUGGAAGGAGUUCUCCAACAGCUACCUGAGCCGCGGCGUCGUCGACAAGCUGGAGGUGGUCAACAAGAAGUGGGUGCGCGUGCGCCUCCAGCCCGGCAACAACAUCGAGGGUGCCGCCACGCUCUGGUUCAACAUUGGCUCUGUGGACGCGUUCGAGCGGAACCUGGAGCACGCGCAGACAGAGCUGGGCAUUGAGCCGCCCAGCUUCGUGCCGGUGGUGUACAAACAGGAGCUCGAGGCCAGCGGGGUUCUCGGCUUCCUUCCAACGCUGCUCAUACUCGGGUUCGCCAUCUACAUGUUCCGGCGCGGCGCGAGCGUCAUGGGCGGCGGCGUGGGACCGGGCGGGAAGCGCGGCGGCGGCCUCUUCGGCGGGGUGAUGGAGUCGACGGCCAAACUCAUCAACCCGGACGAGAUCGGCGUUAAGUUCAGGGAUGUAGCCGGCUGUGAGGAGGCCAAAAUCGAAAUUAUGGAGUUUGUGAACUUCCUGAAACACCCACAGCAAUAUAUGGCGCUGGGAGCGAAAAUCCCCAAAGGAGCCAUGCUCACAGGCCCCCCUGGCACGGGUAAGACGCUGCUGGCCAAGGCCACCGCCGGCGAGGCUGCCGUGCCCUUUAUCAGCGUCUCUGGCUCAGAGUUCCUCGAGAUGUUCGUCGGCGUCGGACCCUCCAGGGUACGCGACAUGUUUGCACAGGCGCGGAAGCACGCGCCCUGUAUCCUGUUCAUCGACGAGAUUGACGCUGUGGGUCGGAAGCGCGGCGGUCGCAGCAUCGGCGGCGCCUCCGAACAGGAGAACACGCUGAACCAGCUGCUCGUCGAAAUGGAUGGUUUCAACACGACUACCAACGUAGUGGUUCUGGCGGCCACCAACCGUGUGGACAUCCUGGACAGCGCUCUGAUGCGACCCGGCAGGUUCGACCGGCAGAUCUACGUGCCGGCGCCGGACAUCAAGGGUCGCGCGUCCAUCUUCAAGGUUCACCUGAAGGAGCUGAAAACGGACAUCGAUAAGGAGGAACUAGCUCGGAAAAUGGCCGCCCUCACUCCAGGCUUCACAGGCGCUGACAUUGCUAACGUGUGUAACGAGGCGGCGCUGAUCGCCGCAAGAGAUCUCAACGAGAGCAUCGUGCUCAAACACUUUGAACAGGCCAUCGAGCGGGUGGUGGCCGGAAUGGAGAAGAAAACUCAGGUUCUCCAGCCAGACGAGAAGCGAACGGUGGCGUACCACGAGGCCGGACACGCCGUGGCCGGGUGGUUCCUCGAGCACGCCGACCCACUGCUCAAGGUGUCGAUCAUCCCGCGCGGCAAAGGUCUCGGGUACGCGCAGUACCUGCCCAAGGAGCAGUACCUCUACACCAAGGAGCAGCUGCUCGACCGCAUGUGCAUGACGCUCGGCGGACGCGUCUCAGAACACAUCUUCUUCAACCGGAUCACGACCGGCGCGCAGGACGACCUCAGGAAGGUCACCCAGAGCGCCUACGCUCAGGUGACCCAGUUCGGCAUGAACGACCGGGUAGGUAACGUCAGCUUCGAGCAGCCGCAGCCUGGCGACAUGGUGUUGGACAAGCCGUACUCGGAGGAGACGGCCCAGCUGAUCGACAGCGAGGUGCGCAGCAUCAUCAGCAGCGCCUUCGACAGGACCAUGCAGCUGCUCACCGAGCACAAGGACGACGUCGAAAAGGUCGCCCAGCGGCUGUUGCAGAAGGAGAUCCUGGCGCGGGACGAUAUGGUCGAGCUGCUCGGGCCGCGGCCCUUCAAGGAGAAAUCCACCUACGAGGAGUUCGUGGAGGGCACCGGCUCCUUCGAGGAGGACACGGCGCUGCCAAAGGGUCUGCAGGGCUGGAACAAGGGCAGUGAACCCACGCCCACUCAGGAAACCAAGGGCGCAUGAGAGUGAUCGGUGUGCGCGCGAGUACGAGUUCGAGAGUGAUCCUAUAGGAGCUGAGCCCUAGUGACUGGCUGUUUUAAGCCGCGCCGGACGAUGUCGGGGGCGGACCGCCACGCGCGGCGCUCACCGGGGGCGUAUAAGGCUGCGGCGCUGCGCAGGCGCGGGUGACGCCCCGUGGCCCAGAGGCACCCGCCGGUGACAGCUAGUCGGCGUCCAGAGACGCGAGUGUGGUUGACGAGUUUCUGUUAAGCUGGGCGAAUGAGAUACAAGCGGUUUUGGUGACGUAUGAGCGUACAGAAGUAGUGUGCAAUUUACCAGCCACUUGCCUGCGCAUUUUUGACUUGUGUUAUGGAACAUGAAUACAUGGAAUGUACGAAAUG